GUGGAAGGCCUCGUCCAUGUAGGGCGCGCGCUGCUCGCGGUUCAGCGCCGAGAAGAGCAGGCCCGAGAGCAGGAAGGUGCCGCCGAUGGCGGCGGAGAAGCCGUAGGCCUCGGAGCGCUCCAUGGCGCGGGCCGGCCGGAGCUCGGGGCGGGGGGCGAGCCGGGGUUUCCGGGGAAGGGAGGGAUUGAUUGCCCGCCGCACGCGGAGGAGGAAGCGGAGCAUUGCAGAGCCACCUCGGCCCGGUGCUACGCCACUUCAGACACACCUUCAACCUCCGGCCGGCGGCCUGGAGCUGAUGAUAGUUGGAGUUAAUAUUGUUUACGCUUUUUUUUUUUUUUUCCUGUUUUUGGGUUUGGCUGUUUUAUACUGGUUCAAGGCAAACUCACUCUUUUGUUACAAGAUGCAGCAUUUCACACAUCAACUGGAACUAUUUCCUGACUGUAGUGUGACUCUUGUUUUGUUUAACGAUGUCAAAAAUGCUGUUGCUCUAAGAAAAAAAGCAAUGGAAGGAUCUAUUGAUGGAGCAUUAAUAAAUCCUGCAAUGAUUGUUGAUCCAUUUCAGAUACUUGUGGCAACAAACAAAGCAGUUCACCUACACAGGAUUGGUAAAAUGAAGACUAGAACUCUUAAUGCAGAAAUUAUUUUCAACCUUUCCCCAAACAACAAUAUUUCAGAUGCAUUGAAAAAGUUUGGUAUUUCAGACAAUGAUUCUGCAGUGCUCAUUGUUCUGAUUGAAGAUAAAGAAAAAACUGUAAAUCUGGAAGGCAUAAUAUCUCAAGUGGAAGGUCAGCAGGUUUCUCUAGCAGAACUCCACAAAAUAACAGACAUAGCCAAAGUUAAAAAGAUGUACAAACUUACUCCACAGGAAGAAAAAAUUGGCACGUUACUUGAUGGCAUCAUUUGCAGAAUGUCAACAAAAGAUAUUUCAUGAAAACAUUCAAAUAAAAGAAAAAAUCCAUUUUAAAGCUA